CGACAUAUUAAGUUAAUUAGGAGCAGAAGACUUAAUUAAGGUUGCCUAAUUCCAAGUUGUGGUAUAAUAUUGUUAAUUAUCCUCUAUUUAUUAAGAAUUUAAAACGCAGAUCUGCAGAAAUUAACUGCAAUUCCAAGCUAAACUAGUUGAGAAAUGGCAAAGAUACAUCCCCAAACACUUGCUUCUUCUUCUCCUAACUAUUUCACAUCUGAACAAGAAACUUUUACAGUAUGGAUGAAAUCUCUAGUUCUAAGUGGAAAAGGUUGUACUGUAUUUGAUUCAAACGGUCAUGUCGUUUACCGGGUUGAUAACUACAACUGCAAGUCCAGCCAUGAAGUUCAUCUCAUGGAUUGCAGAGGAGAGGUUUUGUUCACUAUACUUAAGAAGAAAUUCAAGUUGUUUGGCUGCUGGGAAGGCUAUAGAUCCACUGCUGCGAAAAUUGAGAAAGGAAAACCAUGUUUUGAAGUAAGAAAACAUUUCAGGCUUUUAAGAGGAGGGUUGCUAUGUAGAGUUACUGUGGAGUUGGACCACAGCCAGUCAUCUAAAUACGAGAUAGAAAGCUGGACUGGUAAGUCAACAUGCAAGAUAGUAGAUAAGUCUGGAGGACAAAUUGCAGAGGUGAAGAGAAAGCAAUCAGCAAGUGGAGUUGUGUUAGGUGAAGAUGUUUUGACUAUGGUGGUGGCGCCAUGUACGGAUCAUUCCCUUAUCAUGGGACUUCUUGUUGUCUACAAUCUCAUCAGCUGUAAAAUUUGAUGUUUUUUCUUUUUUCUUUUUUGGUUUUUACUGGUGUUUAUAGACCCGGACUGCGAUAGUAUUUAGGUAAAAUCAUCUUAGAAGUGAUGAUUUCAGGUUUCAACUCUCAAUCUUGCAUAAAAUGGACCUGUAACGCAAUGAACUUUUGCGAUCCAACUACUUUUUGAUCAAAUUUAAUGUUUUAAAUGAGGAGAUUGCUAUUUUUGUAUAUA